CAGAGAGCACAAAUGCAAUGUUUGCGUGCCGACAUUGUCCGUUACAGAGUCUCGGGGAAUACUGAGAUGACGCCACGAUAUUCGCGAUAAAACGUGCCCACAUAAACCUACAGAGGCAGCACUACAGUAGGCUUGGCCUGGGCUCCAUCAAGCUACUGCGGAACCUGGUCGCAGGUGCUACGCAAGCAUGGCGCUGUCGUCGUUCCCGGUAGCCUUGUUCACCGUGUCGCUGGCGUUGAAUGCUGCGGAGAGCAACCAGUUCUACUCAGUGUACUACGGCAUACGACUGCUGGAGAAUGACCGAGUCUACGGCUGCCUGCAGUGCUUCAAGAGGCCCUGCUUGAAGAGAGAGAUACUGGCGCGGCCGCUAGAGGGACUGCUGCAGUGCUGCCGUGCAUGCACCAUUGUCGGUCCCGGAAGAGAGUGUUCUGUUUAUCGUGAACACGCAGCGAUUGUCUGCAACAAAGAACACGUUUGCGACACCAACACGCAAGUUUGUGUAAAAGAGAAAUAGCGCUGACUUGCUUCGAUCUGUAAUAAAAACUUGCCGACUUCGGCCA